UUGCGGCGUAAGCCUAUAGAGCCUGCAUUGUCAGAGUUUGGAGAAAGCGCUUGCGUCAGACUCCGCCGUCCCGCUAUAAAAGAGCCGGUUGCUGCAGCAGUAGGCAGUCGGGGCUUAAACCUGAGCCCUUCACACAGCUCUGCACACACUCACAGCCAGACAAAGAGCGAGGGAGGGCACCCCGUCCCCUCUGCGGCCAUGAGUAGCUUCGGAUAUGACCCCUACUACUCCUCCUCCCUGUACAAACGCUGGUACGCUGAGCCUCCCUCUCGUGUGUCGGUGACCAGAGGGAGGACUCACUCCACCUUCUCCUCUCACUCAUCCCCGCUGUCCUCCUCCCGCCUGCAGUACUCCUCUCCCAGCCGGGUGCUGUUCUCCUCCUCGCCGGCUUCCUCCCUGGAGCUGGAGCUCAGCCAGGCCGCCCAGAUCAGCUCCGAUUUCCGGACCGUCCGCACGCAGGAGCGCAGCCAGCUGCAGGACCUCAACGACCGCUUCGCGGGCUUCAUCGAGCGGGUGCGCGAGCUGGAGCAGCAGAACCGCGCUCUGGAGGCCGAGCUGCUGCUGCUGAGGCAGAGGCACGCCGAGCCCUCCCGCCUGCGGGCUCUGUACGAGCAGGAGGCCCGCUCCCUGAGGGCCGCCGUGGACGAGGCCAGGGCGGAGCAGCAGUCCGUCCUGGGCCAGAGGGAGCGGCUGGAGCAGACCCUGAGCGCUCUUCAGGGCCGGUAUGAAGAGGAGAUGCUGGCCCGGGAGGAGGCCGAGGGCCGGCUGAUGGAGGCCCGCCGCGAGGCCGACCAGACCGCCCUGGCCAAGAGCGAGCUGGAGAAAAGCGUGGAGACCCUGCUGGAGGAGCUGGCCUUCCUCAAGAGGAUCCACGAAGGCGAGGUGGUCGAACUCCAGUCCCAGGUCCAGCUGGGCCACCAGGUGGCCGUGGAGUCGGAAGCCGCCACCCCAGAUCUGUCCGGGGCUCUCAGAGACAUCCGGUCCCAGUACGAGAGGCUGGCCGCCAGGAACAUGCAGGCGGCGGAGGAGUGGUUCAGGGGGAAGGUGGGCUCCCUCUCCGAAACGGUGGCCCAGCACAGCGACGCCGUGAGAAGCUCCAAAGACGAAGCGGGAGAGUACAGGCGCCAGCUGCAGGCCCGUCUGCUGGAGAUCGACGCGUGCCGGGGCCUCAACGAAUCCCUGGAGAAACAGCUCCACGAGAUGGAAGAGAAGCAGAGCGCUGAGAUAUCUGCCAUGCAGGACACUAUUGGAGAUUUAGAGGGUGAGCUGAGUGGCACUAAACAGGAAAUGGCUCGCUACCUGAGAGAGUACCAGGACCUGCUGAACGUGAAGAUGGCUCUGGACAUCGAGAUUGCUGCAUACAGGAAGCUUUUGGAAGGGGAGGAGUCCCGCUUCAGCGUGGGAGUGGCCGGGGGAGUGUCCUCUUUUUACGGCCACAGCUUCGCGGCUCCCUCCUUCGCCCGGCCCCUUCUCUCCAGCCUGAGCUCUGGCACCUCCUACCUGAUGACCUCGCGCCUGCUCAGCUCAAGCGCCAGCACAACGGAGGGCAUCAUCUCUGCCAGCCGAGCCCAGCAAGCUGAGGCCAGCCCACCGGGCGAGGAGGAAGAGGAGGAGGAGGAGGCUGAGGAGGAGGCAGAGGAGGUGAAGGAGGAAGAAGAGGGAGCAGAGGAAACAGAGGACAAAAAAGAGGAGGAAGAGAAAGAGGACGGCGAAGAAGGAGAGGAGGAGAAAGAAAAGGAAGAUGAAGAUGAAGGGGCUAAGGAAGGAGAAGAGGAGGCUAAAGAUGAAGAGGGUGGUGAUGAAGAGGAGGAAAAGGAAGAGGUGACAGAGGAAGAGAAGGAAGGGAAAGAUGAGGGAGAGGAAAGUGCUGCCAAAGAUGAAGCACAAGAAACAGAGGGAGCAGAGGAUAAAGAAGAGGCCAAAGAUGAAGGCAAGGAGGAAAAACCAGAGGAAAGUGAGGAUAAGGAGGAGGCCAAAGAUGAGGGGGAAGACCAAACAACAGAGGAGAGUGAGGACAAAGAAGAAACCAAAGACGAGGGAAAAGAAGAGAUUAAAGAGGCCGCCGAGGAUAAAGUCGAGGCCAAAGAGGAAGAAAAAGAUGAAAAGGUAGAAUCUAAAAAGAGCGAAGAAAAGGAGGGCAAAGCCGACGCCAAAAAGGACGACAAGGCCGAAGACAAAGGCGUCAAAGAAGCUGCUGUGAAAACAGAUGGCAAAGAUGAUGCAAAGAAGGGCAAAGAUGAAGAGAAAUCAGCCAAACCUGAGGCCACGGAGGAAAAAAGCACAAAGAGCACAAAGUAA